AUGGCCAUGGUGCCCAUGGAGCAGAUGGAGUUGCUACCCUUGUCCAAACAGACCUGGGUGGAUCAGCAGUACAAGGGCAUGAUCUACUGCUUUUUGUGCGUCCCCAGGGAGCAAGGAUUUUUCAGCUUCUGGCAUGGCCAUUUGUCAAAUGUUAUUCCAUAUUUUUAAAUACAGGCUUCUAAACGUUGCUUUUAUAGAAAGGGGAUUCUCACGUCCAAAGUGGAUAAGCAGUUCUGGAUAAAGUUUUUGUCAAAUCUGGCUUCUGUUAGAGCUACAGGAGCAACAUCCCAGCGUUUAGAAUAUCCAUUAGACUUUGGGCAAACUUUGUUACCCACAGUCAUGAAAGAUGCUGCUGAGCAACAGCUCCAGGAACGUGGUGACUGUACUGUUAAAAUUGCCAUGGCAGAUGGACUUCCUGGACUGUACCAAAGUUUUGGCAUUUCAGUACAGGGAGUCACUGUAUACCAAAUCACCUAUUAUGGAUGUUACAAUACCAUUAAGGGAUUAUUGCCAAAUCCAAAAACUCCAUUCAAAGUCAGGUUGGAAGGGGUCCUGGCCAGCCUGAUCUGGUGGGGGACAACCAGUUCACAGCAAGAGGUUGGAACUGGAGGGUCUUUGAGGUCCCUUCCAACUCAAGCCAUUCUAUGA